GCUGGGGGUUCCGUGUCCCUGUUCCCUAAUCUACUCGGUUGCCCCUUCUUGGGCCUACACUCCACCCUGUCCUUCUACCCGCCGUGGGACGGAGAGGGAGGGAAUGGAGAUAGGAGGGGUGACGACGUAAAGGGUUGAGGAAGGAUCUGUGGGAUGGUGUACCGGAGGCUGGGGAGUCAUGCGGAAUUGGAGGGGACGGUGGGACUGCGAAGGCCUCACGGGGUAGCAGAGACUUCUGCACUGACCCAGGGCCUGGAGCGAAUCCCAGAUCAACUUGGCUACCUGGUGCUGAGUGAAGGCGCAGUGCUGGCGUCAUCUGGAGAUCUAGAGAAUGACGAGCAGGCAGCCAGCGCCAUCUCUGAGCUGGUCAGCACAGCCUGUGCUUUCCGGCUGCACCACAGCAUGAACAUACCCUUCAAGCGCCUGUCAGGUAUGUCUCCCUUCCAGUGGUCUUUGGAGAACACACGCUGCUGGUGACCGUGUCAGGACAGAGGGUGUUUGUGGUGAAGAGGCAGAACCGAGGCCGGGAGCCCAUUGAUGUCUAAGCCUGCCCAGUGCGAGGGGCACAGGUGGAUUAAGCCUCUCAGAUGAGGAAGAUGCAAACCUCCUCCACCUCUUUCUUGGCCUGCUGCUAGAACUAAGGCUUUCUGCUCACCUACUCCCCUAAUCCCAUUUAACUGGAAGGACAGAGGCUUGGGGACUCUGCACUGUGUUAAGGAGAGUGAGGACAAGGGGACCUCCUUCAUCCCGUCCCUCCCUCCUAAUAAACAUGAGUUUGAUGUUC